AUGGCGCGGAGGCUGCGGCUCGGCUGGCUGGCGGCGCUGGGGCUGCUCGUGGCCCUGCAGGCCGCGGCGGGGCACUUCGACCCCUACGGCGUCCUGGGGGUGGGCAGGGACUGCAGCCCGGCGGAGAUCAAGAAGGCGUACAAGCGGCUCGCCCGGGAGUGGCACCCUGACAAAAAUAAGGACCCAGGAGCUGAAGAUAAAUUCAUCCAGAUUAGCAAAGCCUAUGAGAUUCUCUCCAAUGAGGAAAAGAGGGCAAACUUUGAUCGCUAUGGAGAUGCCGGGGAGAGCCAGGGGUACUCUCAGCAUCAGCAUCGCCAGUUCCAUCAUUUCCAUGAAGGCUUCUAUUUUGAUGAGUCCUUCUUCCAUUUCCCCUUUAAUUCGGAGAGGCGCGACAACUCCGAUGAGAAGUAUUUGCUGCAUUUUUCACAUUACAUCAAUGAAAUUGUGCCAGAUAGUUUCAAGAAACCUUACCUCAUUAAAAUAACCUCAGACUGGUGUUUCAGCUGUAUCCACAUUGAGCCCGUGUGGAAGGAAGUCGCUCAGGAACUGGAGGCACUGGGAGUGGGAAUUGGAGUCGUUCAUGCUGGGUACGAGAGACGCCUUGCCCAUCACCUAGGUGCGCAUAGUACACCGUCGAUUCUAGGGCUGAUUAACGGGAAAAUAACGUUCUUCCACAACGCUGUCGUUCGAGAAAACCUGCGGCAGUUUGUGGAGAAUCUUCUGCCAGGGAAUCUCGUAGAAAAGAUUACAGAUAAAAACUACAUCCGCUUUCUGUCUAACUGGAAGAAAGAAAAUAAGCCCCAUGUCCUUUUAUUUGAUCAUAUGCCACUUGUGCCAUUAUUAUACAAGCUGACUGCCUUUGCAUACAGAGAUUACUUGUCCUUUGGUUAUGUGUAUGUUGGACUCAGAGGGACCGAAGAGUUGUCCAGCCAGUACAACAUCAAUGUUUAUACUCCUACCAUGAUGAUCUUCAAGGAGCAGAUCAACAAGCCCGCAGAUGUUGUGCAGGCACGAGACAUGAAGAAGCAGCUCAUCGACGACUUCCUUUCCCAGAAUAAGUUCCUCAUGGCAGCCAGGCUCACCAACCAGAAGCUGUUCCAGGAGCUGUGUCCUGUGAAGAAGUCUCAUCGUCAGCGAAAGCACUGCGUGGUCUUACUUACUGGAGAAGGUGAUAAGUUCGCUGAGACCUACGAGGCAUUUUUGACUUUUGCCGUGGCCAACACAAAAGACACCCUGAGGUUUGUGCAUAUCUAUAAUGAUCGUCAGCCAGAAUUUGCAGACGCCUUGCUGAAUGAUGAGGAGAAGUAUCGGGGAAAAUCAGCCGUGGUCAUUUUGGAAAGGCGUAAUAAUGCAGGGAAAGUUGCCUAUAAAGCUUUGGAGGAGGCCUGGCAAGGCAGCAGAGAAGAUAACUUCAUCCUGCUGGAUCUUCUGGAUCAGUUGAGGACAGACCCUGGUCUUCUCUCAUCAGACACUGUCCUGACAGACUUGAAUGAUGAACUUGCUCCCAUGUUUCUAAUCCGAUGGUUUUACUCCAUGCUGGAUUACAUCUCAGACUGCUGGGACAGUUUGUUUCAUAAUAACUGGCGAGAAAUGAUGCCCCUGCUGUCCUUGCUCUUCUCUGCACUCUUCAUUCUUUUUGGCACCGUUAUUGUUCAGGCUUUCAGUGACUCAAGCGAUGCAAGAGACUCUCCUCCACCAGAGAAAGAAGAAGCAACCACGAAGACUGAAAAGAACGACACGAGCUUCAGCAAAGAGAAUAACAGCAGGGUUCCCAAAAAGGGCUUUGUCGAGGUGACGGAGCUAACGGACAUUAACUAUAACAGUAACUUGGUACGCCUGAGGCCAGGUCACAUGAACGUGGUCUUGAUCCUCUCUAACGCUACCAAAACCACUCUCCUGCAGAAGUUUGCCCUGGAAGUCUACACGUUCACAGGGAGCAGCUCUCUUCAUUUCUCCUUCCUCAGCCUGGACAAGCACCGAGAAUGGCUGGAGUACCUGUUAGAGUUUGCGCAGGAUGCGGCCCCCAUCCCAAAUCAGUACGACAAGCAUUUCCUGGAGCGUGACUACACGGGCUACGUCCUAGCUCUGAACGGCCACAAGAAGUACUUCUGCCUCUUUAAGCCUCACAGAUCAGGGGACGAGGGGGGGACGCUAGGAGCGUGCGAGGAUUACGAUUCCUCACUACAUCCAGAAGCCAGAGGGAAAUCCUCCUGCAGUCCAGGAUCUAGAUCGGUUAAAAACAAAUUACACAAGUUGUCCUUUUGGAUGGAACGCCUUCUAGAGGGCUCCUUACAGAGGUUCUAUAUCCCCUCGUGGCCUGCGCUAGACUGAGGGAUUUUAAAGAGAUUCUAACACACAAACUUUUUAUGGAGAUGACAAGGGACAACAGUUCUUUCCAGGAAUAAACAAUCACAAUGAACGGACCUUAGGUUUUAGAUGAACUCUCCUAGGGCCAGUGAAUAGAAAUAUCUCCCCGUGUCUCAAACCUAGGUGUGCGACGAAGCACACCGAAGGUCCCUCUACCAAAUUGUUCUUGCAUUGGAUGCCGUCCUAUCGAAGACAGAAGAAGUCUCUUUUCCCUUCUUGUCCUGCCACAUCUGCUUCGUGAGUCACCUCUGUUCCAUCUCACCUUGGCUGACGAAAACCUGCAACUUCUCCGCUGCGGUGACUCUGUCCGGACUGAACGUAACCUGUUAGGCGGGUCAGGUCGCGGUUCCUCUCCCGUUCCCUGUGCUUAGCCCAUGGUGCAUGGUGUGACACUGGCAAGACCCUACAGACCCUCGCAGGCUCUGCAGUUCUGAAAGGCCUCCUGCCGGGCGUUCUUACUUAUCGGCUUUCCCUGUGGUAAGUGAUCUAGAGUACGGUCGGGAGCAUCUCCCACGUAGCAAACCUGUAGCUAGGACUUACCUGUGGUGCGGGCUAGUAGGCGAUUUGCAUGUUUCAUGCUCCUCGUGUAAUAGUUCCACGUGCAGCUUCACCAGCUAAACCAUACCCAGGGAGGGAAGGGGUUUUGCACAGCCCUAAAUACUGUAAAGGUGUUGAGCCAUUUGUCACGUCGUUUUUCAGAUGCCUUUCCGCUUCUGUGAAUUUUAGACUAUGUAUCUUAGAGCCAUAACUUUAACUGUGUCCUCAGACUGUAGGCAUAAGCUGCUAUGAGCCAGUAGAUGUGUAACAGAAACUUUAAAUAGCUGCUAGGGAGUCGGGUUGGACUCCUUUCAAACAACGUUACAUCUGUAGUACAAACCAACCUUUCUUUGUAUCAAGGAACUUAAUUUUUCAAUGAUUGUAUUCUUGAAAUGUUGCCCCAGAAGUGCUGUAUCAUCAGACCGUCUUUUAUGUGUGAAACUAGUUUUGUUUUAGGCGUGGGUUUAAGAUGCUUGGUUUCAGCAUCUCAGCUAUUUCAUUCUUGCCACAAACCUUUGUUUCUCAACAUGCAGGCUGCCUUGUUUUGUUUUGUUUUUUAAACACUUUGUCUGCGUAAGGUUAGAACAGUUGUAGAGUUGGGUUUAUGCUUUGCUGCAACAGUGCUCCAGCGCGCUGCGGGGAACGGGGUGGCCUUCUGUAGUGGUGGGAAGCGGCAGACUUGCACUCGCUUUCUGCUCUUCAAACAACGAAGCGCAGCAGAAGGGUUGCUUGUCGCAGCCAGGACCGUAACGCUGGGGCGCUUUUACUUCCUUGUCACUACUCCUGGGGAGACACCGGUUCCUUAGCUGCUGCUUGCUGCGUCUCUGUAUAAAACUCUUCCAAGCACUCUGUGUAGGAACCCAGGACUCCUACAAUAGUAAGCUGCUGUUAGGCUACGUGACUGCCAAAUUACAAAAGUCUCUGCUGGGUGGCCUUUACGUGAGGGCUCCGAACCUUACUGUAAAGCGCUUCUUUCAAGCAUUCGGUGUUAGUUACAAGCUCGCUCUACCCUUGCCUUCUUAGCCACCAUCUUACCAGAGCAGCUAGUUAUUACGGAUAAAUGUGCCCUUCUCUGAGAUCCCUGCUGAGCCCGAUGAUUGAGAUCUAGGAAUGCUGAAGUCAUUUUACUGCCCAAAUUACCUAGUUGCUCACCAAAUCCUGGCUUGUUGCAUUCCUCCCUGUGCUGGGAGCAGGUUGGCACACCUCAGCCUCCAACAGACACCGUAACAACAACAACUCGUAUAAUGUACUUACACAUGAAAGCUAAGAGAACUACUGCCACCCCUUAUGUGAGGUUACUUAAAUUUAGCUCAGUGGACUCCGGACCUGCAGCUUGCGUUGCUGCAUGAAAGAAGCCCUAAGCCACCAGCACGGAAGAAGAGGUCUUCUCCUGGCUAGGGCUACCUGCAGACCGAGAGCAACGAGGCGCACACGUAUUGCUGACGUGGGGGGGGGG